GGUUCUAAACAGAACCGACACGCCGACAGUACAGCCAUUGCCAGCGGACUGCUACAGCCCUCAGCACCGGACCCAGAGCCGCGCGUGGGCAACUCUCCUUCCUGCGCGUGCAGCCGCUGACUGAGGGGAAGCCAGGCCGCUAGACUGAUACACAAAUCAUCGUCGUCAUCAUCAGCGGUUCGCGGGGAUGAUAGGUGACCGCAUCAGAGAUGCUGCAGGAGAAGGCUUCAGCUGUGACGGAUGAUCGUGUGAGCCGGGUCCAGGCCAACGCCGAGACGGAUCUGUUUCCAGACCAGUCCCAACUUGGUGCGCCCACAGCUCCCACCGCUCCCACCUCGGCUGGGCCUGACCAGAACAUUGAGAACAUUAAAGUAGUCCUUCAUGAGAGGGAGCUGUGGAAGAGGUUCCAUGAAGCUGGAACUGAGAUGAUCAUCACAAAAGCUGGAAGGAGGAUGUUUCCUAGCUACAAGGUUAAAGCGAGUGGCAUGAACCCCAAGACCAAAUACAUCCUUCUCAUUGAUGUUGUCCCAGCUGAUGACCACCGUUACAAGUUCUGUGACAACAAAUGGAUGGUGGCUGGGAAGGCGGAGCCUGCCAUGCCAGGCAGACUCUACGUUCAUCCGGACUCCCCUGCUACAGGAGCUCAUUGGAUGAGGCAACUGGUGUCAUUUCAGAAGCUGAAAUUAACAAAUAAUCACCUGGACCCAUUCGGACAUAUCAUCCUUAACUCCAUGCAUAAGUACCAGCCCAGGCUUCACAUUGUCAAAGCUGAUGAAAACAACGCCUUUGGAUCAAAGAACACAGCCUACUGUUCUCACGUCUUCCAUGAGACGGCCUUCAUCUCAGUAACAUCUUAUCAGAAUCAUAAGAUCACUCAACUGAAGAUUGAAAACAACCCCUUUGCUAAAGGGUUCCGAGGCAGUGAAGAAGGAGACCUGCGUGCUUCCAGACUAGAGGGGAAAGAUUAUCCAGUCAUUUCUAAGAACAUGGUUCGUCAGAGGAUCAUCUCCUCACACAGCCACCUGGCAGGGAAGCUCCGGGCUGGAGUGUUGACCAGCCAUGCUCAGGUCCUGUCUUCUUAUCCAUAUGACACAGGAGUUUCUCUGUCAAACUUAGAAUCCCAGGAUUCUCUCUCCAACCACUUUCCUCAGAGCAGAGAUCCCAGUCUAGUUUACCACUGCUUCAAACACAGAGAUAACAGCCGACAUUUGGAGCUCGGAUGCAAGCAACCAUAUCUGGAGUCGUCAUCGGUGAUGUCAGAGGAGCAUUUCUUCCGUUCUGCUCCCUCCUACGAGUCACCCUUGCUCUCUCGUCCCUACUGCGGCGAAGCCAUCACUGCCAGAGAAGCUUGCAUGUAUAGCGGGAUGGAGACCCAGCCAGGAGCGGGGCCUGGGGUGGCAGAGAAAGACGAGCGGACCAUCUCUCCUUCUGUUAACUGCAGCAUGUGGGCCACGAUGCAGCCAUAUUCCCGCUAUGGCGUGGAGGCCGUCCCGUACCAGCCCUUCACCUCUCACCCCUUCUCCAACGCCGCAGCUGUCCACUCCGUGCUGCCACAGCCCGCCUCAGCAAUGUUACCCCGACCGCAGACCGACCUGGGCGUCUACAAUUCAGCUGUGGUUCAGAGAGCUCUGCCGGUCAUACCGCAGUCAUCCUCUUCUUCGUCCUGCUCUCCAGUUCUCACUGGUUCCAGUGAUGUAAUAAGUCAUCAGCCUUUGUACCACAAAAAAUCAGGCUCCCCACUCCAGCCUCUGAAAGAGUAUUCAGCAUGUUCUAGUCAGAGAAUGAUGCCUAUCCGAGAUUCCUCCCAUCAGUACCAAGUGGGGCUAAGUAAUGCAGGGAGUCACUGGACCGACAGCUAAUGUGUGGAUAAAUCCCUCUGUUCAGGUGAGACGUCAUGAAAAGUUUCUGAAAGCCCAGAGCGGCUGAAGAUACUGAAGUACAAUGAUACUGAACAGCAGUCAUGGUCUCUGUUGAACUGCACUGCACAUCUGUAAUCUAUACAGCCUGUAUACUGAACUGUCAGUGCCCACCUCUCCACUUAUACUGGUAUAUAACAGAUGGUGCAAAGGCUGAAGAUGUUUCUGAGACUCGAAUGCAAACUGUGUGUGUGAGGAGCACAAAGUAUCUAACACACACCCAGGUCACAACAACAAGCCAGGAGGAGAUACACACAAAAUAUGGAAGCAGGAAGACGAAGAAAGCAUAGAAAGAGAAAAUAGUCAAUGACAUUACUAUCAGUAUUUUCUGAGUUGCCUUUUAAAGUUGCGGUACGCAACUUGUAUAAAAAUAUUUUUAACAUAUUUGUUGAAAAAGUUGUGCCAUGUUGUGACAGUGUGCUGUGAGACAGAUCUGUGAAAAAAAUUUAGCUCCUCUGCCUUCUCCCAGAAACAACCAAUCAGAUCCCAAAGGUAUCUUAGUUCUGCCAAUUAUCCUCCAUGUGGCGCUGCUCAUCCCUCCUUCUGUCUUUCCCCAUUGCUCGCUGCUAUGCUGCAGCUAGCACAGCCUGUCCUGAAUGCUAAAACUAGUUAGCAUGGCCAGUCAUGACUGUGGAUGAUAUACUCUAUCCAUCCAUCCAU